AGAGAGGCCACAUUGCGCAGGCGUACACCACGUACACCGAUGCUGAGCGCUGGGUGCUAGCUGGCUAACUCACGGUCUGUCCGGUGAGUCGCACACAUUGGGGCCGGAGAGGAGGGAAGCGCAGCGGUGGAGACGAAGAAGAAGGGCGACCCAAGCGCCGCUACGAAAUGGCCGGGCAACAGUUCCAGUACGAUGACAGCGGCAACACCUUUUUCUAUUUCUUAACGUCCUUCGUCGGACUGAUUGUGAUCCCGGCCACAUAUUACCUCUGGCCCCGGGAUCAGAAUGCUGAACAACUGCGCCUGAAGAGCCUGAGGAGGGUCCACGGCAGAUGUCUGUGGUACCGGCUCAGGCUGAUGAAGUCUCAGCAGAGCAUCGUCCCAACACUAAAGAAAGCGGCCUUGUUAUUUGGCUGGGCUGUGUUCCUGUUGCUAGCCUACAAGGUGUCCAAGCUGGACAGAGAGUACCAGGAGUAUAAUCCAUAUGAAGUCCUCAACUUGGACCCGGGUGCAUCGCUGUCAGAAAUCAAGAAGCAAUACCGUGUACUGUCACUCAAGUUCCACCCGGACAAAGGUGGUGAUGAGGCCACAUUCAUGAGAAUUGCCAAAGCCUAUGCUGCUCUAACCAAUGAACAGUCACGACAGAACUGGGAAACAUACGGUAACCCAGACGGUCCAGGAGCAACCAGUUUUGGUAUCGCCCUGCCUGCCUGGAUUGUUGACCAGAAGAACUCAAUGCUGGUGUUGUUGGUGUACGGACUAGCCUUUAUGGUCAUCCUUCCUGUUGUUGUGGGCACAUGGUGGUACCGCUCCAUCCGAUACAGCGGAGACCAGAUCCUCAUCAACACCACCCAGCUCUUCAUGCAUUUCAUGUACAAGACGCCAAACAUGAACAUGAAACGGUUAGCCAUGGUGCUGACAGCAGCGUUUGAGUUUGACCCACGCAGCAAUAAAGAAGCCACCAUACGACCAACAGACAACAUCGAAGUGCCGCAGCUGAUCCGUGAGUUGGGAAACAUCAACGUGAAGAAGAAGGAGCCUCCGUUCUGUUAUCCUUACAGUUUGAAGGCCAGAGUCUUGGUGCUCGCUCACCUGGCACGCAUGGACGUAUCAGAGGAGUUAGAAGAAGAUCAGAGGUUUGUGGUGAGGAAGAGUCCAGCUCUCCUCCAGGAAAUGAUCAACGUGGGCUGUCAACUUACCAUGAUGGCCAACAGCAGAGGAGGUUUCCACGCUCCUCGACUGGUAACCAUAGAGAACUGCAUGAAGCUGACCCAAAUGAUAGUGCAGGGUCUGCAGGAGUCAAAGUCACCACUGUUGCAGCUGCCCCACUUUGAGGAGGAGCAUCUCCGCUACUGUAUCUCUAAGAAGUACAAAGUUCGGAGCCUCCAGGACCUGGUGAGUCUCAAGGACUCCGACAGACGCAGCAUGCUGCGCUUCUUGGGGGAGGAGAAGUACGACGAGGUCAUGGCUGUGCUGGGCAGCUUCCCUCACAUCAACAUGGAUACCAAACUGCAGGUCCUCGAUGAUGAAGACAGCAAUAACAUCACAGCGGGCUCAAUCGUCACAGUAACUGUCACCUUAACCAGAAAAAAGAUGGCGGAGGUGUUUGAAAAGGAGCAGGACUCAACGCCAUGUCUAACAGAGGAGACUGCCACUACAGAGGACGCACAAGGAGACUCGAGUAAAGCCAAAACAAAAGUGUGGCAGAACAAGAGUAAAGGAGCUAAGAAGACAGCCAAGUCCAAGAAGAAAAAAUUAACCAAGAAGAAGACCACACCUGCACCCUCCAAAACCAAGCAAGCCAACGGCAACGUGGCAGGAAAUGAAGUCGUAGUAGCAUCGACGGCAGCAGUGAAGGAGGAAGAAGACGACGCCUCAGACAAGGGCAGCGAGUCGGACGAGGGCGAAGCCAACAAGGACUCUCCCAGCGAGAGGGACGAAGACAGCGACAAACAAAGCGACACAGAGGUGGACGAGAUGGCUGGCGAUGAUGAAGAGGAGUGGGAGGCGUUGCAGCAGAGCAUCCAGCGGCGAGAGCGGGCCCUGCUGGAGACCAAGUCUAAGGUGACGCACCCCGUUUACAGCCUCUACUUCCCGGAGGAGAAGCAGGAGUGGUGGUGGCUUUACAUCGCAGACCGCCGAGAUCAGACGCUCGUCUCCAUGCCAUACCACGUCUGCACGCUAAAAGACACGGAAGAGGUGGAGCUGAAGUUUCCAGCCCCGUCCAAAACGGGCAACUACCAAUAUUCUGUCAUCCUCCGUUCUGAUUCCUACCUGGGACUGGACCAGAUCAAACCACUCAAGCUCGAGGUCCACGAGGCCAAGGCCAUGCUGGACAACCACCCACAGUGGGACAUCCCCGACACAGAGGAAGAGGACGAGGAGCAAGAGGACAGCGACGGCAUCGAGGAGAGUGAAGAUGACGACGAGGACAACGACUGAUUGCAGAUGCGCGUGCGCACACACACACACACACAUACACACACACACACAUAUAUACACAUACACACACACAUGCUCAGCCGCCCCAUCCCAUGGACUGGCCACCCACCCACCAACCAACUCCUGAACCCACAACAGCACUCAAGAGCAGCGAACGGAGGAGAAGCGAAGCUGUGCCCGCCAUACACACGCCAAACACAGAGAAUCACCAGGGACAGUUUAUACACACAGAGCCCCCCUCCUCCUCCUCCUCCUCCUCCUCCUCCUCUUCUUUCAUUUUAUCUUCACGAUGACAUGGACUGUGACCCCGCCCCUCCAUUUCCUCUUUUCUACAGAGACUUGUUCAUUCACUUUCCGUCGCUGGCGGAAGAGAAUUCUGUGAAUACUUACCCAGGCCCGUGUGUGUGUGUGGAUGUGCAUGUGAGUGUGCGUGUGUGUGUGUCUGUGUGUGUGGUAGAAUAUGAGCAAGUGUGCGUGUUUGUAACCUCGUAUGUGUUUGUACAGGUAUGAAAGAUUGACACACUGUGGACUGGAGGACCUAAUACCUGGGCUCUUUUUGUUCUUUCGUUGAGGGGGAGCGGGGGGAGGGGAUGUAUAACGGCUAAUUUGUUUGCAAAUUAACAAGAAACGACCUCCUGACAUCACUCUCGCUCCUAAUUUCAGAGUCACUCAGCACCAAUGUUUUCCACACUAAUGAUACUUUCUAUUGUACGCUUAAAACUGCAGAAGCUUUAGCCCUAUUCGUUGGGGAUCACAGCCGAGUCAACCCAUCGGGACGUUUGCCUCUUUCAGUGCACGGGGGGGGGGGCCACAGUUGAGUCUCGUUAUUAUUUUGUUUUUGUUUUUUCCCCUGCCGUCACACCAGCCAGUCACUUGUAUGUACUUGUACUCACUGUAUGUUGAAGGAGAUGGAUCUCCACUCAGUUUUGUUAAGAAUUGUUCUCUUCUGCCCCUGUGAUCCACAUCAAGCUGUGUUUUUUUUUCCUGAAUGAGACAACUUGUUGGUUGAGAGCAGGUGGAUCUUGAAAUGAAUUGUGACCUCAAGUAUAAUGAUGGGGGGGGUGAAAAAAAACUUGCAGUGUUAAGAUUUGUUUGAAUUAUGACUACUUUUCUUGUCCAUAUCCUACAUAAAGGUUGUGUGUUUUCAGUCUUUUUAAGGGGCUCAAAUACUGAUAUAUAUACAUACAGUAUAUAGAUAUAUACAUACUUGUGGCUUUUCAGAGAAGUGACUUCCUUUCUCUUCAUCCCUUUUCUUUUUUGUUUAGUUUUUUUUUUUAAUUUUAUUUUACAAUUGUAGCACAUUCCAGUGUAUACUCAUUGUCCAAAAAGGCCUUAUGAAUACAACUGAAAUACCACAACAAACCACAACUCCUUUGGGUGCUAUGCACCAGUAGUUCUUGGGAGAGUAGGAAAAAACAUUUAGUUUCUUUUGUGUUUUAAAAAAAAAAAUUACAGUAUUUUCCUUUUUUGUUUCAGUUUAGAGAUAGUCUCUUGAUGGUUACCUAUAGCUUCUCAGUCUUGGAAUACAUAUCACUGAUCUUGCCAUGGCAAAAGCUGCUGGAAGGAGAAUAGCAGUUGUACGUAACACGUGACUGGCCCUGUGUUAAAGGAAUUGGGAGUAUGAGGUCCCUGACACACAGCACUCAUGAUCUGAAAAGUGUCUUGAACAAAAGGCUGUUGAAUGAAAAUUUUCUAAGUAUAAGACUGAACAUAUUCUUUGUCUCUUUAAAGCAGAACAACUUUAGUUUUGUACAAUUUCAGAUGGGAUUUUUUUUUUUUUUUUUCACCAAACCUCCUGGAAGAUUUUUUUUCUCUCUCUGAGACCUCAUUCUCAUUUAAAAUUAGUUGGGUUUUUUUUUUUUUGUCCCAGUUAAGCUGUAGUUAUAACAAAUGUAACACGUCUAUGUCUGGUUUUGUUUCUAACCUUGUUUUUGUUUUUUUACAUGUUACAUGUUAGACUCAUGAGUGCAACAAAAAAAAAAGAAAAUCAGAGCUUCCCUGUGUAGCUCUGUGGGCUUUCACUAUAUGUCGACGACUUGACAGUUUUUAAAAGAAAUUAUUCAUCGUUCACCGUGAAUAUCCACAUUCAACAGUUAAUUUUUUUUUUUUUUACAGUAUAUACUAGUGUGUCAUGUUGGUGUUGGAGAGAUAAAGGUAUGGAAAAUCUAUAGGCCCACUCUCCGGACACCACAAACAAACUCAUACGCGCGCACUAUACCCUCCUGUAAUUGUGUCCAAGGCAGGUGUAUGCUAACAGGUAAUAUUGUACUCUGAGUAUUUAUCACUCUGCAAUAGAAUGUAGCAUCAGUGAUUAACGCUGUGUGGGAAAAAAACAAACAAAAAAAAAUGCAGUGAGGUUAAAUACGACACCAUCUCUCCCAUGACAGACCUUGUCCAGGCGACUGGCCGGCAGGCCGCCUCAGUUUGGACUAACUACCCAAUGACUAUCUGUCUGCCACUUUUGUUUACAAAGGAACUGUCAUUGUAAAUUGAAAAAUAUAUUAUUUGUAUUUAAAAUCAUUUCAAAUAAAAACUUUUAAAUGA